AUGACCCCUUUGCUAGAAUUGGAAUCCAAGUUGAAUGGCAAAGCGCAUCCAGUAUUUGAAAUGUACAUUGCCUAUAGUAUCAUGGAAUUGACAAGAUACCAUUCUAAAAAUUCAAUAGAAUUAAUGAAAAGUAUUCUCACAUUAUCUAGAAUAGCAGGUUGGAUAUCGCAUAUUUCUGAACAAACAAAAAUUGGAAGAAGAAUUGAGCAUCUUUCAGCAUAUAUAGGAGUACCUCCUAGAAACAUUAACCCUGACUUAUAA